AGUGGUGUCAGAGAAUCCCACAAGUUUUACAAUCACUGUUACAUCUGAUGCUGGCGAAAAUGAGGAAACUGUCGAGGCAACUCUCCAAUUCACGUAUGUAGACAAAUAUCCAGAUGGCCCACCACUUUUUGAAAUUAUUGGGCAAGAAAACCUGCAGAGCUUGGAUGUCAUAGAUGUGAUGACACUAUUACAACAGACGGCAGAAGAAAACAUUGGAAUGGUGAUGAUAUUUACCUUAGUGACUGCUGUACAAGAAAAACUAAAUGAAAUUGUAGAUCAAAUAAAGUCUUGCAAAGAGGAGGAAAAAAUACUAAAAGAAAAAGAAGCUGAAGAAGUGGAAAAGGCUCGCUUUCAUGGCACUAUAGUUACAAUCGAAAACUUCCUAUCUUGGAAAGCAAAAUUUGAUGCAGAGAUAGCAGAAUUCCAAAGAAAACGACAAAAGGAAGAGGAGCAGGCAGGAAAAGUUAAACUGACUGGAAAGCAAUUGUUUGAAACUGAUCAUAAUCUGGAUACAUCCGACAUCCAAUUCUUAGAAGAAGGUAACAACGUAGAGGUCGAUGAAUCUCUGUUCCAAGAUAUGGAUGAUUUAGAAUUAGACGAUGAAGAUGACCCAGAUUAUAAUCCUGUGCAUAUUGGGAGUGAUGAAGAUUAAGUAUUUUGAACUGAGUUUGUGAAACGUACCAUUCACUGUGGCCCAAUUAUAUAAGUGACUGAGGAUGAGUUGCAGCAUCUGUGACUUGUUUACAUUGCAACUGGCAUGACAUUGCAACUUGACAAAAUACCAACAGAAUUAUUUUAGCCUGUUAUGUGCACUUCUGUAUGAUUCCAUCACCACCUUUAAUAAAUUUUCUCAAAUUG